CACACACACACACACACAGACACACACACGUUACGGAGCUCUGAAGCCUGUCGGGUGUCGACAAGACCUGACGGCGCUGCGGCCGGGGCCCUGAGGUUGAUCCAAAAGCAUGGCCACUGCAAUUAGGGAGGUGGGGGUUUGGAGACAGACCAGAACACUGCUGCUGAAGAAUUACCUAGUUAAAUGCAGGACUAAAAAAAGUAGUGUUCAGGAGAUUCUUUUUCCACUGUUUUUUUUAUUUUGGUUAAUAUUAAUUAGCAUAUUGCAUCCAAAUAAGAAGUAUGAAGAGAUGCCUGAUAGAGAACUUAACCCCAUGGACAAGUCUAUCCUCUCUAACAGAAUUCUUGGAUAUACUCCAGUAACCAAUAUCACAAGCAGCAUCAUGCAGAAAGUGUCUACUGAUCAUCUUCCUGAUGUCAUUACUAUUGAAGAAUAUACAAAUGAAAAAGAAAUGGUGGAAUCCAGUAUUUCUAAGUCCAGCAACUUCAUAGGCGUGGUUUUCAAAGACUUCAUGUCCUACGAACUCCGGUUUUUCCCUGACAUGAUCCCAGUGUCUUCUGUUUAUAUGGACUCGAGAGCUGGCUGUUCCAAGUCCUGUGAGGCAGCUCAGUAUUGGUCCUCGGGAUUCACAGUUCUACAGGCAUCCAUAGAUGCUGCUAUUAUUCAGUUGAAGACCAACGUUUCUCUUUGGAGGGAGCUGGAGUCAACUAAAGCUGUAAUUAUGGGUGAAAGUGCUGUUGUGGAAAUAGAUACUUUUCCUCGAGGAGUGAUCUUAAUAUACCUGGUUAUAGCAUUUUCACCUUUUGGGUACUUUUUGGCAAUUCAUAUUGUUGCAGAGAAAGAAAAAAAGCUCAAAGAAUUUUUGAAGAUAAUGGGACUUCAUGACACCGCCUUUUGGCUUUCCUGGGUUCUUCUGUAUACAAGUUUGAUUUUUCUUAUGUCCCUUCUUAUGGCAGUCAUUGCAACAGCUUCUUCGUUAUUUCCUCAGAGCAGCAGCAUUGUGAUAUUUCUCCUUUUUUUCCUCUAUGGAUUAGCAUCUGUGUUUUUUGCUUUAAUGCUGACACCUCUUUUUAAAAAGUCAAAACAUGUUGGAAUAGUUGAAUUUUUCAUCACUGUAGCUUUUGGAUUUAUUGGACUUUGUAUCAUCUUUGUAGAAAGUUUUCCCAAAUCCCUGGUCUGGCUUUUCAGUCCCUUCUGUCAGUGCACUUUUCUGAUUGGUAUUGCACAGGUCAUGCAUUUAGAAGAUUUCAGCGAAGGUGCUCUAUUUUAUAAUUUAACAGAAGGCCCAUAUCCUCUAAUUAUUACUAUUAUCAUGCUAGCACUUAAUAGUAUAUUCUAUGUCCUGUUGGCUGUGUAUCUUGAUCAAGUCAUUCCAGGAGAAUUUGGCUUACGGAGAUCAUCUUUCUAUUUUCUGAAGCCAUCAUAUUGGUCAAAGAGUAAAAGAAAUUAUAAAGAGUUAUCAGAGGGCAAUAUUAAUGGAGGUGUUAGCUUCAGUGAAAUUGUUGAGCCUGUUUCUUCAGAAUUUGUAGGAAAAGAAGCCAUAAGAAUUAGUGGUAUUCAGAAGACAUACAGGAAAAAAGGUCAAAAUGUGGAAGCUUUGAGAAAUUUGUCCUUUGACAUAUAUGAGGGCCAGAUUACUGCAUUACUUGGUCACAGUGGAACAGGGAAAAGUACAUUGAUGAAUAUUCUUUGUGGACUGUGCCCACCUUCUGAAGGAAUUGCAUCCAUAUAUGGACACAGAGUUUCAGAAAUAGAUGAAAUGUUUGAAGCAAGAAAAAUGAUAGGCAUUUGUCCACAGUUAGAUAUACAUUUUGACGUUUUGACUGUAGAAGAAAAUUUGUCCAUUUUGGCUUCAAUCAAAGGCAUACCAGCCAACAACAUAAUACAAGAAGUGCAGAAAGUUUUACUAGAUUUAGACAUGCAAGCUAUAAAAGAUAACCAAGCUAAAAAAUUAAGUGGUGGUCAAAAAAGAAAGCUGUCGUUAGGAAUUGCUGUUCUUGGGAAUCCAAAGAUACUGCUGCUAGAUGAACCCACAGCAGGAAUGGAUCCCUGCUCUCGACACAUUGUUUGGAAUCUUCUAAAAUACAGAAAAGCCAAUCGGGUGACGGUGUUGAGUACUCAUUUCAUGGAUGAAGCAGACAUUCUAGCUGAUCGGAAAGCUGUUAUAUCACAAGGAAUGUUGAAAUGUGUUGGUUCUUCCAUUUUCCUCAAAAGCAAAUGGGGAAUUGGCUACCGGCUGAGCAUGUGUAUAGAUAGAUUCUGUGCCACAGAAUCCCUUUCCUCACUGGUUAAGCAGCACACACCCGGAGCUACUUUAUUACAACAGAAUGACCAACAAGUUGUGUAUAGCUUACCUUUCAAGGACAUGGACAAAUUUUCAGGUUUGUUUUCUGCACUAGACACUCAUUCAAAUUUGGGUGUCAUUUCUUAUGGUGUGUCCAUGACUACUUUGGAAGAUGUAUUCUUAAAGCUAGAAGUCGAAGCAGAAAUUGACCAAGCAGAUUAUAGUGUAUUUACUCAACAGCAACAAGAUGAAGAAAUGGAUUCAAAAAUUUUUGAUGAAAUGGAAGAGAGCUUACUUAUUCUUUCUGAAACCAAGGCUUCUCUAGUGAGCACCAUGAGCCUUUGGAAACAGCAGGUGUAUACAAUAGCAAAGUUUCAUUUACUCACUCUGAAACGUGAAAGUAAAUCGGUGAGAUCAGUGUUACUCCUGCUUUUAAUUUUUUUUGCUAUUCAGAUUUUUAUGUUUUUGGUGCAUAACUCUUUAAAAAAUGCUGUGGUUCCCGUCAAACUUGUUCCAGAGUUAUAUUUUCUAAAACCUGGAGAGAAACCUCAUAAGUACAAAACAAGUCUACUGCUUCAAAAUUCCACUGACUCAGAUAUCAGUGAUCUUAUUAGUUUUUUCACUUACCGGGACAUCGUGGUGACAAUGUUUAAUGACAGUGACUAUGUGUCUGCUGCUCCACACAGUGCAGCUUUAAACGUGGCGCAUUCAGAAAGGGACCAUAUUUUUACAGCUGUUUUCAAUAGUACCAUGGUUUAUUCUUUGCCUGUGUUGAUGAAUAUCAUCAGUAACUACUACCUGUAUCAUUUAAACGUCACUGAAACCAUCCACAUCUGGAGCACCCCUUUCUUUCAGGAAAUCACUGACAUUGUUUUUAAAGCUGAGCUGUAUUCUCAAGCAGCUUUGCUUGGAGUCAUUGUUACUGCAAUGCCACCGUAUUUUGCCAUGGAUAACGCAGAGAAUCACAAGAUCAAAGCUUAUACUCAGCUUAAACUUUCAGGUCUCUUGCCAUCUGCAUAUUGGAUUGGACAAGCUAUUAUUGAUAUACCCUUAUUUUUUAUUGUUCUUACUUUGAUGCUAGGAAGCUUAUUUGCAUUUCACCAUGGAUUAUAUUUUUAUGCUGCAAAGUUCCUGGUUGUGGUUUUUUGCCUAAUCGGGUAUGUUCCAUCAGUCAUUUUGUUCACUUAUGUUGCUUCUUUCACCUUUAAGAAAAUUUUAAAUACCAAAGAAUUUUGGUCAUUUAUCUAUUCUGUGACAGCAUUGGCUUGUGUUGCAAUCACUGAAAUAACUUUCUUCAUGGGAUCCAAAGCUACAGCUGUUUUUCACUAUGCCUUUAGCAUAAUCAUUCCAAUCUAUCCACUGCUCGGUUGCCUGAUGUCUUUCAUAAAGGUUUCUUGGAAGAAUAUGCCUAAGAGCGAGAAUGCCUUCAACCCAUGGGAUAAGCUUUUGGUGGCUGUUAUAUCGCCUUACCUGCAGUGUGCUCUGUGGAUUUUCCUCCUGCAGUACUAUGAGAAAAAAUAUGGAGGCAGAACCAUGAGAAAGGAUCCGUUUUUCAGAAAUCUUUCAACCAAAUCAAAGAGCAAGAAGUUUCCAGAACCACCCAACAAUGAGGAUGAAGAUGAAGAUGUCAGAGCUGAAAGACUCAAAGUGAAAGAGCUGAUGAGUUGUCAGUGUUGUGAAGAGAAACCAGCAAUUAUGGUCAGCAAUUUACAUAAAGAAUAUGAAGAUAAGAAAGAUUUUCUUCAUUCAAGGAAAAUUAAGAAAGUAGCAACUAAAUACAUCUCCUUCUCUGUGAAAAAAGGAGAGAUUCUUGGCCUGCUGGGGCCCAAUGGCGCGGGCAAAAGCACAGUUAUUAAUAUUUUGGUUGGUGAUACUGAGCCAACUUCAGGCCAGGUAUUUCUAGGAGAUUACACUUCAGAUGCAGCUGAGGAUGAUUCCAAUAAGUGUAUGGGUUACUGUCCUCAGGUAAACCCACUGUGGACAGAUAUUACUUUGCAAGAACACUUUGAGAUUUAUGGAGCAGUGAAGGGAAUGAGUUCAAGUGACAUGAAGGAAGUUAUAAGUCGAAUAACAAAUGCACUUGAUUUAAAAGAACAUCUUCAGAAAACCAUUAAGAAACUACCUGCAGGCAUCAAACGAAAGUUGUGUUUUGCCCUGAGUAUGCUGGGGAACCCUCUGGUUACUUUGCUAGACGAACCGUCUACAGGAAUGGACCCGAAAGCCAAGCAGCACAUGUGGCGAGCAAUUCGAACUGCAUUUAAAAACAAAAAACGAGCCGCUAUUCUGACCACUCAUUACAUGGAAGAGGCAGAAGCUGUCUGUGACCGAGUGGCUAUCAUGGUGUCAGGGCAGCUAAGAUGUAUUGGGACAGUACAACAUCUAAAGAGUAAAUUCGGAAGAGGAUACUUUUUGGAAAUUAAAUUAAAGGACUGGAUAGAAGACCUAGAAAUAGACCGCCUUCAAAGACAAAUUCUGUAUAUUUUCCCAAAUGCAAGCCGUCAGGAAAGUUUUUCUUCUAUUUUGGCUUUUAAAAUCCCUAAGGAAGAUGUUCAGUCUCUCGCACAGUCUUUCUCCAAGCUGGAAGAAGCUAAACAUACUUUUGCCAUUGAAGAAUAUAGCUUUUCUCAAGCAACACUUGAACAGGUUUUUGUAGAACUCAGUAAAGAACAGGAGGAAGAAGAUAAUAGCUGUGGGACUUUGAACAGCACCCUCUGGUGGGGAAGAACACAGGAAGACAGAGUAAUAUUUUGAACUUGUACUCUUCAGUCAGCUUAUCAAAUUUAUUUAUUCUUCACUUUAUUCCGAAGUAAUUUUAAAACUUUGUUUUAUACAUGGUAACUAGAGAACCAUGAAAGCACUCGGGACAUUUCUACGUUCCUUCAGUUCAGCUUUUGUGGUUGUGUGUUUUGUUUUCUUUCAAUAAAAACUUCAUAGAAUUAACUGAAUGUGCAUGCUCAUGUCAUCGUGUGGCAUUACAGAAGCAGUGCUUCUGAAUUUAAAGGAAGAGUGGCUGAAUAAUUUGAAUAGUUAUUUUUUAAAAGUUUAUACUAUCUUCUUACAUAAAUGUAAUAUCUUAAUCUAAAUAAGAAUACACAAAUGAUACCUAUAAAGGAGAUAAAGCAAUGCAAAAGAAUCUUGCUUCUUCUUUUCAGUGUCCUAGAGAAAACUUUGAAUGGAAUCACCAGCCUUAAAAAACCAGAAUUAAAUCAUUAGUCUUAGAGGUUUGAGAAGUGCCGUCCACAAGGUGGCAGUCAUCAGUCACCACAAAUGAGAUUGUGUUUAGUAGAUAAUGUUAGAUGCAGAUAAUUAGGUAUUUCAAAUUUAAUUUAUUUUGCUUAUGGAAAAAUUGAUGUGUCUGAUAAUUCCAGUUGUAGGAUGGAUUUCCUAGAAUAUUAGCACUUAGUAGUUUUUAUGGCUAGAAUGAAAGACAUCUAUAUAAGUGGAAAAAUUUAGCUUUAUCUUCAAUCUCAUUUUUCUUGGGAAAUACAAGUUUUGUGUUGUCUUUCUUUUAAAUGGCUCAUUUAGUAUUCCUUGGAUAAAGUAAUUGAUUGAAUAAUAUUUUUGUUGAAAAAUUUAUUAUUUGAUCCCUGUGUCCUGUAUAGUUUUAAAGUAAGUCAAUAUGAAGAUUUAUUUUGUAACGUAUUGCAUAUUAACUGUGGAAGAUGAUGGAAUAUAUGUAAACUCCUUCCUGAGGAUUCAAUUAAAGAUUUUAAAUGGAGCAUAUAUAAUUAUCUUUAGUGAGAACCCAAAUUUCACUCUGAACAAAAACAAAAAUAAGGCAUCGUUAAAACUGUCUUACAAACGCUUUUUUGUAGCACCCAUGUAUGGAACAUAGCAAUAAUGUAUGGUGUAUAUACUACUAGUUGACAUUACAUUUCACCCACAUUCAUGAAAGUAUUAGCAUUACAAAAAAGUAUCAAGAAUGUGUUUAUUGCAUUCGAGACAUAAAAAUAGUACGAUCUGGAUAAUUAGUCAUCUGAAAUGGCCAAGCACUUUAAUGAAAUUACAGAUUUGUUAGUGUAUAUAACAAUGGAAUUGUAGCUUUGUUGCAUAAUAAAACAACUGUGGUUUUAAGCUGCAUAAGCUUGAAAUAGUUCCUUUCUAAGUUCCAGGAAAAUGACAGACACAUUGCUCAUUGCUAUGGCAACUACUAUGCACAUUUUCAAACAUAUCUGUUUGAACAGCUCUCUUUAAAUGCCUUAUGGAAAAAAUCCAACCUUGCAAGUUUCUGUCUGUACUUUACAGCCCACGGUGGAGAUAUCUCCUUUGUGAGUUAACUUGGCAGUAACUCCUCUUACAACACCAAAUUAACUUUGGAUUCCUUUCCACGUGCAUGUCCCUAGCUAGUGAUAGGUGCAUAAUCAAGGCAUACUUAGAGGAAAGUCUUCGACUUUGCACAUAGAUUAAUAAAUAGUGUGUUGUAUUUUUAAGCAAGUCAUUGCUAAGUGAUACCAUAAAUUUAGAGAUAUUUUUAAUAUCUAGUAUUAAUGUAUAUCUAUAUUUAUGCACAAGGCCUUUCUUUUCAUACAUCUUUGUAACUGUGUGUGACCUUCAUACUAUAUUCCGCAUAUCAAACAAACUAUCUGAUGCACAAAGGCAGUCACUGAAAAAGUCUCGCUUUUCACUUAUUUUUUAAGAAUCUGGCCAUCCUAAGAGAGAUUAUUUUAAAGCAUUAUUAGCAUAGAGCAUUACCUGCUUUUGAGUAGAAUUUUGGUCGCUUUCAGUUUAAACUUGUAAAUAUGUGAUAAAUGCAAACCAAAUUAUUUUCCUUCAGAGCAGAAGUUGCCAUUAUUCUGAUCAACCAUAACUAUGUUGUUUAUUGUGUUAACUUAUUCUACUCGUGUUACUAUUGUUACAUAUGAAUAUCUUUUAUAAUCAUUUUUGAAAAGUUUUGUUGACAUAUACAAAAUGAGUAUAUUUGGGGGAUGAAAUAAAUUGUAAAUAUAAUGUGAAUGUUUUGGUUCUUACUAACAUUUUUAGAAUACUUUAAUUCAACAGACAUGCUAGUGGCUGUUUGCAGUGGUGAGUUCCUGGCUGGAAGGAUGGCUGUCAGCUCUGACCCUGUAAGCAGCCCGCAGGCCAGUGAGGGACUGGUCAUAGUUGAACUAGCUGCAGUGUGGCGGCUGCUUUGCUAGUACAGCUGACACUUUUAUAGCACAGUGAGUUCUUCUGUCAGUAGGUGGUUUUUUUCUUAUUGCUUUUCUCUUGGUCACUAAACUUUUCAUUCUGAUUGUGGUCUGAAUUUGUUACACUGUUGUGCCUUUUUUUCAUGUAACAUAGAUAGGCACUAAUUUCUAAAAUACAUAUGUUUUCCAAAUGUGUAUUUACUGUUGCUUAAAUGGAUUUUUUUCCUUCUCUUUCCUGAAAUAGUGCAUUAUAAAGAAAGAAUUUAUUCUCAGGUUAAGAAUUUUUUAUAUCUACUGUUCUUAUCAAGUAAAAGUUUACGCUUUUAAUUCCUAAUGUGUUAUAUGUACUUCGCAAUGAGAGCGCUUAAGAAAAAUAAGUGAUUGUUAUGAAUGAUGAUCCUUGGGAGCUGAAAAUUUAAAACAAUGUUGUACGCUGAAUUGGGUUCUGUGUUACUCAGUGUUGGUAAUUAAGUAAUGUCUCAUAUUAAUAUUGAAACAAAAACAGCUUGGAAGUGAUUGAUAAUUUUUUCAGUGUCAGAGUUUUCAAGUGUAGAAGGAACACUGGCAAUUACUGUGUUCAUUCAUGUUCACAUUUUAAACUAGGUUUAUUUAUCCUCUCUCCAGUGUAUUUCAUGCAAAUAUGAAACAUUUUAUUUAUACUUUAUUACAUUUUAAUAAAUUAUCUCCAGAUAUUUAACUCUGCAUAUUUGUUAAUUUCCUUUUAAAUUUUUAAAAACAAAUUGACCUUUCCUCCUAUAGCAUAUUUUAAAUGUAGUAAACAUAUUCUUUUCAAGCACCUGAAUAACCCUUGCAAACCAGAUAAAUUCUCUCUUGUUAUUUUAUACAUUCAUUUGACGCAC